UUUUGUGUUUACACAUGCCGAAAAAGAAAAGUCUUCGGUUCAAACUUUUUGCCCUUUUUGAAAUACUGUUAUCAUCAGAAUUUUAAUUUUUUCUGCAGAUUGAUCAUUUUAGUGCGACAUUCUUUCAUUUCAAUCUUCAGAAGUGAUGUUUCAGUGAGAUUGUAUUCUCUCUACCUUGUUAAUAAACAACUGAAGCUAAGAUGGAUCAGUUAACUGAAUUAGCGGAAUCAGCUCUAGAAGAAACAGGUGCCGAUAGUAAUGCUGAAGGCAUCUCUGCUGAAUCCUUGCUAGCUUUAAGUAAUGAACAAGGAGCGGAAGAUUCCGGCGUUGAGGGUGAAAAUUCCAUUGACUCCACAGCCCAAGAAGCUUUAUUAGCAGAGUUGGAGCAAAAAGAUACUGCAGCACAUGUUGAAGGUGAAGAAGAAGAGGAAUCUGAAAUGCAACUUAAAAUGGAAGAAGAGGGUGAUGAGUUUUUGAGUGAAAGAGAUGCUGAUGUUGAUGCAGAUACUGCUGAUUCAAACGUCUCUCAGUUUGGCGGAACUACAGGUGAUGAAAACACAGCAGAUUACAGUGAGUCAACUGAAGUUUGUCCUGAAGAACAGGGUGACGAAACCAGUCAAGACCCAGUCGAUGAAUUAAAACUAGCGGAGGCCGAAGCCCAAGGUGUCCUUGAUGAACUCAGUCAGGAAGAACUGGGAGCCACAUCAAAUGAACCAUCAAACGCUGAAGAGUUAUCACAGUCAGAACUUUUUGCAUCAGGUUUAGGCGAGACUAAUGAAACGACAAUGGAAGCAAGCGAGGUAGGUUCAGGCGAUGCCCCUGCCGCAGAAACUCCAACAGAAGAAGAAAGUGGCGACAAAACUGGUCAGCAAGAUGACAAUGAUGCAAUAAUUGUCAGUUUAUCCGAUUUGUUGGAUGCAAAACAAGGAGGAACAGCAUCGGAAGAAGGCAAUGAAAGUGAGAGAAUUACGCUGAAUCAAGACGAUCUGAAUGAAGAUGCUAAGGAUGCCGAUCACUCUGAAGAAUUAGCGCUUUUAGCAGCAAUCAAAGAGGAAGCAGAGGCAGCACUCUCAAACGAUGGAGUGAAACCUGUACUAAAAGAAGAGCCGCCAGAAGUGGUGCAGAAGAAUUCUAGUCAGGGAAAUGAAGACAAGUCAGCUAUCGGCGAAGACUCUUCAGCCCUGAACAAGGUUCAAGGGACAGGACAGGAUCAACCGGAAUUCUUCGACAAGCCUGUCUUUUAUGAUAAACCAGAAAUCAAAUCAAGUAAACUGGAUGACACAGGAAUCGCGACAGAUGCCUUAGCAACAUUGGCAUCAGCAGCCUUGGGGUGUGAAGCUCGCUCUAAUGGAAUCAAUAAAUCUGAGCCUGCAGAUCCAACCGCUGAUACAAAGGAGACGGAAUCAACACCAGCAGUUCCAAAAACCGAAGCAAACCCUUGGUGCGAUGUGGGGAUAAUAAGCGGCACAUCAUGCAUUGUUACCAAAUUCUUCCAGACAAAUUUCACCAACGAACAUAACGAAUUGACGGCAGAAGAUCUUCCAAAUUACGCCAAUAUUCGGCAGUUGACUUUGGAACCAGGAACUGCCUAUAAGUUCAGAGUGGCUGCUCUGAAUACCUGUGGCCGUGGCCCUUGGAGUGAGAUGUCGGCAUUCAAAACCUGUUUACCUGGUUACCCAGGUGCUCCGUCUGCAAUUAAAAUUUCAAGAUCCUCUGAUGGUGUCCAUUUAUCUUGGGAACCUCCAUCCUCCACUUGUGGAAAAAUUAUUGAAUACGCGGUCUGUCUGGCAAUCAAGAGCAAUCAGCCUCCUCAGACUGAUCCCAAAGUGAAAGCACCUCCUCCGCAACUCUCAUUUGUUCGUGUUUAUUGUGGCCCAAACAAUCAAGCAGUUGUUCCUAACUCCUCUUUAUCUGCGGCUCAUAUUGACACGACUACAAAACCUGCAAUCAUCUUCCGAAUUGCAGCGAAAAAUGACAAAGGCUACGGACCAGCUACUCAAGUUAGGUGGCUGCAAGAUAUUGCAUCAACUCAAACAGGGACGAAAACAGCCCAGAAACGUGAUGCUGGCAUGAGCCCGACGUUAGCAACAAAGAAACUUCGUGUCGAAUAAUAUCCCCACCGGAAAUGCUCACCAGAGACCUGAUCUUUUUUCUUAAGAUUGAAUAUGUACAUAAGAUUCAAGCCAUUUCUGUAUCUUUUUGUAUCAUAAUAGUUACAAUUUUUUUUUCCUUCCUUCUAGCUGAGGAUAAUUUAAGAGAGAGUUUAUCGGAUGAGUGAAUGGGUUACAGUUGCGAUCAUGAAUGAGCGUAGGGGUUUAUUGGUGUGUCAGUUGUGCUAUUAUGUAAUUAUUAAAAUGAACGAAAUUUACAUUGGUAGUAUGAGUAGGUGAAGUAAUGACCAAAAAUGUUUCCUUUGAGUUAUCAAAAUAUGCAAUGUCUAUCUGACAAGUGGUAUGAAUGUAUACAUUUUUCAAGUUUAGGUAGAGUAUAUCUAUUAGAGGAAUAACUAAGUGAUUCAUAUUUAGGGAAUCAUUUUGUAUCAUCAUAAUGUACAGUUUUCCUUUCCUUUAUGUCUUUAACUUCUCUGUUUGCCCUCUUUUUAAUGUAAAAAAGUGAACCCUCCAUUUAGACGCAGAAUUUCAGUUAUCAAUCAUUUGAAAAAGUCGUUUAUCCUAAUUAUCUUAUACAAAUGCAGCAAACGAUCUGAUGUCUUAGAGACAUUGGAAGAAACUUCAAAACAGAUUAGUUUCAACGUUUCAUUGAUCAAUUCUCAUCCUAUGAUGACAAAUUGCUGACAGUUUCUAGAUUCAGGACUGUUUAGUGUUGAUGUAAAAAAAUAUAGUUUGAAAAUGAAUUUUACAGCUGUUGGUAAUGAAUGGUUCCCUCUUUUGAAGUUGGUAUAGUAGCAGUGGCAGUUCUUAUUGAUUUGAUAUCACCGAUCUAUGAGUUGUUAAGACUUGUCAAUGGGAUCAUUCUUUUGUUCUACGGAAAUCCAACCUUGGGAUGAACCCUUUCAUUGAAACUUUGUAGAAGUUGCAAAUAAUUCUUUCGGAUUGAGUUGCAAUUUAAUUCUUAAUUUUUGUUUUGAUUUUAUUUUUUAUCUUUCCGUUUGUACUAGAUGAAACUGAACGAUUUUUUCAAUCCUCAUUUAAAUGAAACCUCAGGCUCCAAGAGGCACCUUAGAAAUUUUGCGUGUGAAUUUUUCUUCUUCAUUUCCCAAACUACACUCUUUGGCUGAGAAAUCUUCUCUUAUAAUUUUUUUCAAUCAUUUUUUUUCUUUAUGUAGGUGAGAUUUUGACAAAGUUUUAUCUUACAUUUGCUGAUCUGAUCAAUUUUAAAUUCAAUUAAAAGUCCAUUUUACUUUGAA